GAGAUAGGGGGAGGGCGCGCUCUGGGUCCCUACUGAGCAUGCUCAGACCGAGUCCAACCGUAGGCGCCCACUCCGGGCGCGGACCCCUAACGCCCAGUGCAGAGAGAAGUAUGACCAGGUGUCUCCCCGGAGUUACCAUGGAGAAGUACCAGAUUUUGUCCCAGUUGAAUCCUGGAGCCUUGGGCGUGAACCUCAUAGUGGAGGAGGCCAGGACCACAGUGAGCCAUGUGCUCAAGCAGGUGGAGUGCGUUGAUGAGCAUCAGGCCAAUGAAGCCCUGGAGGAGCUGAUGCCGCUGCUGAGGCUCCAACACGCCCACGUCUCCGUGUACGAGGAGAUGUUCAUCAUGUGGAACAAGGAGCUGGCUCAGGGCCUGGUGUCCUGGCAGAUCUCCUCGCUGUUCCUCUGCCUGGUGAUGGAGUACAGCAAAGGAAGCUUCCAGAAGGUCAUUGAGAAAAAGAGGAAGGCCAAGGCGGUUAUUGACUCGGAGUCAGUAACAGGACCUGACCCCACUCGAGAGACUGCCCCGCCGGCUCCUGAGGUUCACACGAAGCAACACAACCAGUCCUCGUCCACGCCUGGUUCGUUUGGUUCAGCUGACGCUCCUGGGAUCCUGAACACUGUGGAGGCGCCGGGGCGUCCUGUUUCCUUGCCAGCCACCCCCAGCUGCUCGGCUCCAGCAGUCUGCCGUCCGGUGCAGUGGCUGCAGAACGUGCUGGGCCAGGUGCUGGACGCACUGGAGUACCUGCACCAGCUGGGUGUCAUUCACAGGAACCUCAAGCCCUCCAACAUCGCCCUUGUCAGCAAAAACCACUGCAAGCUGCAGGACCUGAGCUGCAACUCGCUGAUGACAGACACAGCCAAGUGGAAAGUUCGGGCUGAGGAAGACCCUCUUCACAAGUCCUGGAUGGCCCCCGAGGCCCUGGACUUCUCCUUCAGCCAGAAAUCUGACAUCUGGUCGCUGGGCUGCAUCAUCCUCGACAUGGUCACCUGCUCCUUCAUGGACGAAACAGAAGCCAUGCAUCUGCGGAAGUCCCUGCGCCAGCACCCGGGCAGCCUGAAGGGCGUCCUGAAGACAGUGGAGGAGAAGAAGGUCCCGGACGCUGACACCUUCACUUCACUUCUGCCGUGGAUGCUGCAGGUCAACCCCUCGGACAGGAUAUCCAUAAGGGAUGUGAUCCGUGCCACCUUCGUGAGCGGCUCCUUCAAGUCCUCGUGCGUCGCUCUGACUCUGCACCAGCAGGUGGUGCCCGUGUCCAUCACCGACAUGCUGUUGCAAAACAACGUGGCCAGCAUUCUAGAGGUCAUGCAGAACUUCUUGCGCCGACCCGAAGUUCAGCUCAGGGCCAUCAAGAGACUUCUGACAGUUCCUGAGGACCAGCUAGGUCUGCCGUGGCCCCCGGAGCUGCUGGAGGUGGUAAUCACUGUCAUGAACCAGCACAUGCGGACCCUCGACAUACAGAUGUGUGCCUGCUCCCUGCUGCUGCGCGUCCUGGGCCAAGCACUGGCGCAGAACCCAGAUGCCGAGGUGCCGUGCAACAGCCGUGUCCUCACCACUCUGCUGAGUGCCACGCAGAGCCACCCCGAGGUGGAACCGCUGGUCGUUGUGGUGUCCAGCCUGCUCACCAUCAUCUCCAGCCAGGAGUCGGCUCUGGAGAGGCUGCAGGAGGCUGGGCUGUUCGAGCACAUCCCGGAGUACCUAGCUCGCUUCCCUGACAACAGGGACAUCUGCCUCAACGGCCUGGGCCUGCUCUGGGCCCUCCUGGUGGACGCCGUAGUUGUGAACAAGGCCCCCUUGGAGAAGAUUCCGGCCCUCGUCAUCCAGGUGCUGGCCACCUACCCCACAGACAUGGAAGUGGCCGAAGCCGGCUGUGCAGUCUUCUGGCUGCUGUCCUUGUUGGGCUGUAUACACGAGAGCCAGUUUGAACAAGUGGUGGCACUGCUCCUACGGAGCAUCCGGCUAUGCCAAGACCGUGUCUUGCUGGUGAGCAACGCCUACCGGGGCCUGGCCAGCCUCACAAAGGUGUCAGAGCUGGCGGCUUUCCGGGUGGUGCUUCCAGAGGAGGGCAGCAGCGGCCUUGCCCUCAUCAAGGAGACCUGCGCACAGUACCAGGACGACCCAGAAGUGGUGGAGCACGUGUGCAUGCUGCUGGUCCACCUCUCGUCCUACGAGGAGAUACUGCCUGAGCUGCUGUCACAGGGCAUCAGGUCGCUGGUCCAGGACAUCAGGGGGCGCUUCACCUCCAGCGUGGAGCUGGUUUCUUACGCUGAGAAAGUGCUCCUGAGGCUGGAGGCCGCCACACCUCCCAGCCCCCAGGAAUGGAAGCCGCCCAGCAGUGAGGCUAGGGAGGAAGCGGACGCCCCCAAGGGCUCCUUCCUGCACAGGUGCCUCCUGUCACCUCCCUGAAUCUCCCACUCCUCAUGCCACAGCUGAAAUGGACAGUCCGUCCUCUGGGGUGGGGCAUGGGAAGAAAGUCACCUGGGCCAAUCCAUGUGUCCCACUCGGGUGACUAAUAAAGAGGCCCCAGGUCAGCAGCUGGACGUGCACUGCUUAUCUUGGGGGAGGCGGUGUGGCCCUUGCUUCUGCGGUCGCCACUAAACAUCACGAUUGGCUGGGUCAGGUGGCAGCAGUCCAGACACUGGUCCUUCAGCCCACACCCCCAAGGGGAGGAGCCUGGGGCUCCGCAAGCUUCAAGUAGGUUCCCGCCACAUGAAGCAGUGCUUUCGUCGCUGCCAGAGGCUCCCUGAACCUUCAGCUUUAUUCACCUAAUGCAGGGCCACCUGCCUGGUUCCCAGAAAGGGCGUGUAAGUUUGGCACUGCCGAAAACGCUCCCGGCUGACCCGGGAUGCUCAGGGCUCAUCUGGCCACUGGGUUAGCUGACUCGUGUGGCCCCGCCAUGGCGUCAGCUGAACCCUAGCCCACCCUGGGCUCACUCGCCCACCCUCUGGAAGUCUCUCAGAACCCAGGUGGCCAUAGGAGCCCAUGCCGUCUCAGAAGCCGACCUGGACACCUGGGCCAGGCUCCUCGUGGAGACAGCUCCUAGGGUGAAUCCCGUCAGGUUGGUGGCAACAACACAACACAAGCUGACAGUCCCGAUGUCCCACCUCUGCUCUGAUGCCCGCACAGCCUGCCUCCCUGCAACAGCCCUGCCCUGGGCCCCACACAUACAACCACGGAGCAGUUUCAGGGGUGAACAGGCUGCACCCCUGCCACCAUGGUCUUGAAAGUUUCCCAGAAGGGCUGCUUUGGGGAGAUUCCACCUGUCCCUGCUUCAGUUCCAAAGGCCUCUGUGCCGAGUGCCGCCCCAGUCCAGUGGGAAGGGCA